AUGACUUACUAUCAAGAACUCAAAACCGCCAUAUUUAUAUUUAUAAACUUAUUUUCUUUACUUAAUUAUGCGAUUCUUGGAGCAAAAAUAUCAAACAUUGGUGAAAAUACUUCUAUCGGAACAAUCUUUAGUAUAAAGGUUAUUAAUGUAUUUUAUAUUUGCCUAAUUAUCUUCAUAGGCGUAAGAUUCUUUGCUUUUUUUAUUGGAAGAGAUUUAAAUGAUUUAUUACUUCAUAGAUCAUUAAAUUCUGGAGGGACUAGAAUAAAAUUGCGAGUUUUAGCGAUACUAAUUCUGAUAGAGAUGCUUGUUUUCGGUACAUAUUUUAUAUACAUACUGUAUCUUUUUAAUAUACUGCAUGAUAAUACAGCACGAUGCAUUUUAAUUCUUAUUUGUACAUCACACAUUUUAAACAUUUUUAAUUUAUACAUGAUAAAUUACAUACACCCUGAUCUAUGUGGAUUUAAAUACAAAAACCGUGUUAAUAAUUAUUUUAAUCGAUUAGAAAGUGAAAGACAGGCAAUUUCGUCCGUAUAA